UUAGGAAAUUAUUAUUUCGAAUGUGAAAGUUAAAGCAAGAGUCCUCAUUUUAUAACUCCUGUUCACCGAGAAAAUUGUAGUUUUUUUCACUAUGGGUGAAUACUAUGAGAUUCUAGGUGUAGCGAUAGAUUCAACCGAGGAUGAUAUCAAAAAAGCUUAUCGAAAACAAGCGCUUCGUUGGCAUCCAGACAAAAACCCAGAAGGCAGAGUUUCUGCCGAGGCUAGAUUCAAGGAAAUUUCAGAGGCUUAUGAAGUUCUUUCGAACAAAGAAAAAAGAGAUCUUUACGAUAAAUAUGGAAAAGAAGGUCUCAACCCUCAAGGUGCUGGGCGACAAGACGAUUUUGGCGCCAGCGGAGUUCGUGUUCACGUUUUCCGUUCACCAGACGACAUCUUCCGGGAAUUUUUCGGGUUCGAUCCUUUCCAAGAAUUUUUCUCUUCUCAUUUUGAGACCUCUUUUAACCCUGAGCCACAAAGAAGACGUAGAUCGAACAGGAGCAGAGGGAGGAAUUCAUCGCAUAAUCAAUUUUUCUUUGAUGACAAUAAUUCUGCAUCAAAUAUUAGUUUUAUUAAUUUGGACGAUUUGGAAGACGAUGAUCAAGAUGGUUCCUUCCCAAGACAACAGCAACACUUCCACCAUCAUCAUCAGUCCUCAAGCAGACCUCGAAGACACAGACACCGACAUUACCACAACACUCCAACUUUUCAUGAUUCAUAUUUCGAUCCGUUUUCUGGUGUUCGUUCACAUAAUAUGAUGUUCAAUGAUCCCUUUGUACAGAUGGAAAGACAUAUGCAACACAUGAAUCAAAUGAUGAGUCAAAUGUUUGGUCGAUUUUGAAAUCAACAGCUGUACUUUCAAAUACAAUAAUGUAUUAUAUUAGAUCAUCAAAAACUAUUUCAUCAAAGAAAGCUGCCUUCAAAAGUUAUAUCUCACGAUACUUUCUAGAGAAAUCCUUACAUUAUGAAUACUAAAACUUUCUUUCUGGCUGCAUAUGUACAGCCUUAUUUAAGUUAUCUGUACAGGAAAGCUAAGAUGGUAGCUUGAUAGGGAACAAAAUCAUAUCAUAAUCUGCUUUAAUAAGAUUAUUAGAUGUUUAGCUUUUUUGACUUGCUAUUUGCUGUAGUUUGCUGUGAAAUUUUUUUAGUAUUUUCCAAGUUUUUAUUUUUGACUCUACAGUAGGUGAAGAAUGCAAAUUUGGUUAAUUAUUUGUAGAAUAUCUGAAGCAGCUGGAGUUAGAAUGCUCCUUGAAGGUGGAAGAUCUAGUGGAAAAAGACUUAUUUGUUGAAGUUAUGAAAGCCCAUCUAGAUAUUUUCAAAGGCUUUCCAAGUUAGAGUUUAAAAUCAAAUGUGAAAUUAUAUAUAUACAGUGGCUUUUAGCCAGACUGACAAUAUAACUAGAGUAAAUUUGAAUAGUAGAGCUAAAAAGUUGAAAUUUUUUUGAUUGUUAUUAGAGUAAAAAUUGUUAAAGACAAAUGAAUGAAAAUGUAAAUUCAUAUUAUAUAAAAUAAACAAAAGAAAAAGAGAGAAUGAUUUUUUUKGGUCAAUUUCUUUUAAACCUCUGGCUUAAAUAAUGCUCAAAAAAUUCCAAAUUGAUAAAUUGCUUCUCAGAAGUAAAAAGAUGUGUUUAUUCUUUGUAAUAAAGACCAGAAUAAACUAGAAA